AGCGCCUAGCCUAGCAUUAACAAUCAAUAUUUCGACUUCAAGGCAUCCAAACGCUAAGCCAAACCCUAGUGAAACUUACAUUAUUAACUUACAUAGAUUUGCCCGUAAAAGUAGAAAUGGCCAACACGGGACGCUUUAAGGACCGCAAUGCGGAUAUCCGUGCAGCUGGCUUGACCUCGUCUGUAGACAAAACGAAUACGACGGGCAUAUGCAUGAAAAUAUCGCACAGCGAGGAGCUGGCCGAGCAUAUGAUGCGCAUCGAUUGCAAGCACAAGAAAUUCAAGAGUGCUGGCUUGUUGUAUGCCGAGUCGCCGCGCCUGCCGGGCAUCAGUGUGCCGGAGCUGAUGGCCAUCGAGACGUCCAAGUCGCGUUUCAUGGUGUUCAAGGAGAAAUUCUCCGAGGAUAUGUACCUCAAACAGGCCAAGCUCGGCGAGGCGAAGCCGACUGGCUCCAAGCCCGAUCAUAUCACCAACUUGAGCACCACAUUUGGGCGCGAGACCAGGUCGAGAGGGCGACUCUACGACACCGUACUUCCGCCAAAGCCGGCGGAGCAAGUGAAUCGUGAAUACGGCAAAUUUCACGAUAAAUACGUGAUCAGUCAUAAUCACUAUUUUCCCGCAGAGCAAAUCAAUCGCAGGUACAACCAGCCCUUCAACAGGCAGGCCACCUAUGGAGUUGAAUACAACAGCGACAUUACUGGCAAGAUGGUGAAACGUUGCAUGCAGCAGUGCGCGGGGCAUGUGAUCAUCAUCAGCAAGGAGCAAAUGGACUUUAUAGAUCGCACCUAUCCGCGCCUUGGUAAAAAGAAAAAGAAAUACCCCUAUACGUAUGACCCGGGUAUGACCUUUGGCAGGCCGUCUGAGCCGCCAGUCUGUGAUUGCAAGAUGCUCAUCGAGGAUAUAUCACCAUGCCAGAGCAAUAAACACCUAAUAGACGCUUUGGGUCACCUCAACAUGUGGCGUCACAAGCUGCAGUUGCGCGCAGACUUCCAAAUGUUCGAUCUGAUCUCGGCGCUGGAGCACAGUGAUAAGGAGCAUACGCGUUAUCUGCCGUUGAAAAAGAUCUUUGAGGUGAUGCACCAGAUGCAUCUGUAUAUAGACAUCUAUAAGAUGCGCACCACUCUCUCGCACUUCAAGUUGAUCCUCGACGAGAAUUGCCCCAACGAGCGUGUCAACUACGAUACCUUCUGUCAGUUGCUUAACAUACAGCAUCCCUUGCCCACAACGGGUAACAUAUCAACCAUGCCGGCAACUGUCUACGACAAGGAUACUACCUAUCGGCUGCUCUGCGCCGAUCUUAGCAAGCAGCCGGUGGAGGUGACACCUGGGCGAAAGAAGUGCUCCAAAAAGAUAGAUGAGGAGAAUACACAUGUCAAGGAUUUGCUGACACCGGAUAUAGCGACGCUCUAUGGCCUGCUGCCCAGCGACUUUCAGUCUUUGCGUCCCAAGGAGCAACUUAUGAAAAUUUUUAAGGACAUUGUCAGCGAAUCGGUCUUCGAAACGAUUUGGCAGCAGCUUAUGAACACUCACAAGGAACAGAAUGGGUUGGCCUCAGUGGUUCAGUUCCGUGAUGUCAUGGACAAUAUCGAACCAGCUAGCCAGACAACCAAUGCAUUGGAGGCGCAAAUGUUAACUGCCCAUUAAAUUCAAUGUAGUCAGCGCAACAAUUCAAAUUUAAAUGAAUUGAGAGCAAGCUCAGUUAUACUGCUUUGUCGAUA